AUGACGCGGCGGCUCCUCGAGGCGACACUCUCUGUGCAGAGGUGGUGGCGCGGUGAAGCGCAGCGAAUGGCGCAGGGCGGCUUCGUGGCCUCUGCUCUCUCGCCGGCGUGUCUGGCUCCUCGUAGUCCUGUCUCUCUGCAGAAAACUCCUCGGUCUGUCGCGUCUCUCGCGUGCCUCGCACGUCGCCUCGCCUCUCGUUCAACCCCGUCACCGUCCGCCUCUGUGCGUUUUUUCUCUUCUUCUUCGCGCUCUUCUUCUCCGUCGUCUCUCUCUUCUCUGUCGGCCGCCUCUCUGUCUCGCUCGCUUCUGUCUCCUCUCCCUUCUUCCUCUCCUCUGUCUCCCUCUCGCGGAUCACCUCCUUGUUCCUCUGCGCCUUCUGCUGCGCCGUCGUCGCGUUCUUCGUUUUAUGUGUCUGUUUCGCCUCUGUUUGAGUCUUCUUGUGUCUCGGGGUGGCGCCAGUCUUCUGCGCUGGCGUCCGGGCUGUUCUCAGCGUGGACGCAGCGUCCGCCGGUGUUCGCGGGAGCGCCGUCGGCGGCGCGUCUGACGCCAGUUCGCUGCAAGAUGGUGAAGUCUGCGUCCUACCGGCGGCCGAGUCGGGCGUCGCCGACUGGACAAGCGCGGAAGCCGCACAUCGGCGUGAAGCGUCUCUCUGCGGAGUACGUGUGGCCUGGCGUGGUGCUGGUGAAGCAGCGCAAGGUUCUUGCGUUUAACGUGGAGACGAAGCGCCGGAACCGCCACUUCAAGCUCUACCCCGGGGAGAACGUGAAAGUGUCCAAGGUCACCAACCUCGUCGCGCUCUGCCACGGCCGCGUGAAGUACACGCACGACGUCUCGCGCGACGUCCUUGUCGUCAACGUCCUCCCCGAGCGCCGCGAAGAACUCCUCCGCGAAGACCUCUGGCGCUACCGCACCGAACACGUCAGGUCGAUGGAGGAGAACCGCCACAUCUGCUUCCUGCGGCGAAAGGCCGUCCGCAUGUUUGGCAAGGAACUCGUCAACCCCCCCACCAAGCCGCCGCUGCGCCCAUUCUACUUCACCAAAUACGACACCUGGGAAAACCCCGCGCUCCCCGACGUGCCGCAACUCGACGACGACCUGUAA